AUGCCUUCAGCAAUUUCAUACGAAGCCAGCGACUUAAUUGGCGAUAGCCAUUCUGAUUCAAUACCAACUCACCCUCUCGGAGUCAAACCCCUGGGAAACCAGUAUCUCGCCACGGGGCCGAAUGCCCGAAGAAGUAUUGGCACAUGGGCAGUUCUACCCGAUGAGAUCCUUGCCCUUGUUCUCGAGGGUUUUGACAAAAGCUCACUUUUGAGCCUUGGGUCUACAUGCAAGUUUUUAUAUGCCUUCUGCCAUUCUGAAGAAUUAUGGAAAGCACUUUAUCUUCGAUCUCAGUCAACGAGCUCCUCAUCUAUUAAUUGGCGGGGAUCAUGGAGAUCGACUGUCUUGGGCCUUGACAGUGGUCAACAAGCAAAGGUUGACUGUGGCAACGUCUUUUCCGAUGUCCUACAUCGACCUUUUGCCUGCAGCAAUAUUGAGCUAGCAAAAUAUGUCACGGGGAUACCAAAAGCUAAUCAGAUUCGCCGGUUUGAGAAUCUCACAUAUGAAGAGUAUGCUGAAAGAUGGACUGAGCAACCUUUUGUCUUGACGAAAUGCAUACAAGAAUGGCCAGUUUACUCCCAGUGGACCAUUGAUUCCUUACUCGACAAGUUCGCCGACGUUGAGUUUCGUGCCGAAGCAGUGGACUGGACAUUUUCACAGUAUUGUGAUUAUAUGAAUCGGAACAGAGACGAAAGCCCUCUCUACUUGUUUGAUCGAAAAUUCGCUGAGAAGAUGGAGCUCAAGGUCGGACACUCAGAGGGUGCCUCGUAUUGGCGGCCCGACUGCUUCGGGCCAGAUCUCUUCGAGGUCUUGGGAGACGAACGGCCGGCUCACCGGUGGUUGAUUAUCGGGCCCGAACGAAGCGGGUCUACCUUCCACAAGGAUCCCAACGGGACGAGUGCGUGGAAUGCCGUGAUUCAGGGGGCUAAAUACUGGAUCAUGUUUCCGCCAACGGCCCAGGUACCCGGAGUUUACGUAUCUUCAGACAGCAGCGAAGUGACAAGCCCUCUAAGCAUUGCUGAGUGGUUGCUCACGUUCCACGACGAGGCAAGACACAUGCCUGAGUGCGUUGAGGGCAUCUGCAAUGCUGGAGAGAUACUUCAUGUUCCGAGUGGAUGGUGGCAUCUCGUGGUGAACAUUGAAAAGGGCAUUGCGCUGACACAAAAUUUCGUCCCUCAGUCUCCCAGCUUGAAUCUAGUUUCCGAAGUCUUGUCGUUCCUAAGGGACAAGCCGGAUCAAGUCUCUGGCUUCUCGCGAGACGUAGAAGAUCCCUUUGGCCUUUUCACAGCCAGACUCAAGCAAGACUACCCAGACGUUCUGGAGAAAGCACUAGAACUAGCUGAUAAGAAGAAUGGCAGAAAGAGAAAGUGGGAUACGGCAGUGGGACGAGAUGAAGAGCAAGCAGAAGGAUUUAGCUUUGGGUUUGGAGGCGAUGAUGAUGAUGAGAUCCCGUAA